AUAAAGGCCGACGCUCGAGCCCAUGGAAUUCAUUCGCUGACCUUUCCAACGAGGCUUUGCUCUUCCAGCUGCUGCUACAUCUGCCGUGUUUCAGCAACCACCACUCUUUCCUUCUGAAGCUCAGCGAAGCCUCGCGUGUGUGUCAGUGGAUACCUGAAUAGCGAGCGAGCAAGUUCUUCCUGCCGCUGGUAGCAUCUAUCACUCGCUAGUCCGUAGCGGCUUGCGUGUCGCAUCGUCGCGUCGCGUGCGCUGUGCUGGUGUCGCCAUGGAGGGACGGUCGGAGGCCGUGAACCGGCGAGUGGGCGUUCUCGCGCAGCAUCUGUCCCUGCAAGGCCCUACGAUGGACGAGCAGAUCCUCAUCGGCGCUGCGCCCUGCCUGCAAUACGUCCCGCCUGAGCGCCACGAAGGACCCGCCAAGUUCAACCCCGCUGCUCUGCACAAGCUGCUGGUGCGCGACGACGGGGACGUUCACAAGGAGAUGUUCAACCUUUUCGCCAACACCAAGAUCUUCUGGUCCAAUCCCGACCCGCCACGUGGACACGUGUACACGAGCAUGGACUACAACGCGACCAAGGAGCAGCAGAGGGACAUCACGUUCGAGCGGAUUAUCUAUCUGAGGGACCGCGGGUACUUCAAGGGGUGGCUCACUGACGACAGUCCGGCGAGCGUGAGGCGCAAGUCGGCGAUGCACGAGGCCAUCAGCAUGUUCGACCAGUCCAUGGCCGUCAAGCUGGGCGUGCACAUCCACCUCUGGGGUGGUGCGGUGAAGUACCUGGGCACCAAGAGGCAUCACGACAAGUGGCUGGCUCGCACGGAGGACUACGAGGUGGCGGGCUGCUUCGGACUCACGGAGCUCGGCCACGGAAGCAAUGUGCGCGGCAUUGAGACGGUAGCGUCGUACGACCCAGCGCGCGAGGAGUUCAUCAUCACCACGCCGUGCGAGACCGCGCAGAAGUACUGGAUCGGAGGCGCCGCCAUGCACGCGAACCACACCGUGGCGUUCGCGCAGCUGCACAUGAACGGGCGCAACGAGGGCGUGCACGCCUUCAUCGUGCCCAUCCGCGACGCGCACGGCCGCGUCAUGCCCGGCGUGCGCAUCGCCGACUGCGGCCACAAGACGUGCCUCAACGGCAUCGACAACGGCCGCAUGUGGUUCGACAGUGUGAGGAUCCCCCGUGAGAAUUUGCUCAACGCAGUGGCGGACGUGACGGCGGAUGGCCGCUACAUCAGCCCCAUUCCCGACCCCGACCAGAGGUUCGCUGCGUUCAUGGCUCCUCUGACAGGAGGGCGCGUCACACUGGCAAUCAGUGCCGUCAACCAGUGCAAGGUGGGUCUGUCCAUCGCGCUUCGCUAUGCGCUCACGCGCCGUGCCUUUGCGCUCACGGCGGGGGAGGAGGAGGUGCUGCUGCUGGACUACCCCACCCACCAGCGCCGCCUGCUGCCGCUCCUCGCCAAGACCUACGUGCUGAACCUGGCAGUGAACGGUCUGCGCGAGCUGUACCUAUCCCGGAGGCCGUCGGACGUGAAGGACAUCCACGUGCAGUCGAGUGGGUACAAGGCGAUGAACUCGUGGCACAUGCUGCGCACGCUGCAGGAAUGCCGCGAGGCGUGCGGCGGCAUGGGCGUCAAGAGCGACAACCGCAUCGGGCACCUGUACGCGGAGCACGAUGUGAUGACCACGUUCGAGGGGGACAACGUGGUGCUCAUGCAGACGGUGAGCAAGGCGAUUUUGGCUGACUUCAUGGCGGCCAAGAGGAAGGGCAAGCCCAUGCACGGGCUGGGACUGGAGCACCUAAACGGGCCCAGAGUACCGCUCUCCACCUCGUCCAACCGCGCCAUCCUUCGCGACCCCAAGUUCCAUCUGGCUCUGUUCCGUCUGAGGGAGAGGGACCUCCUGGAGCGUCUUGCCACUCGGGUGAACGUGCUCGUGUCCGCCGGCCACAGCAUCUCAGACGCCCUCAACCAGAGCUUCCAGCUGAGUUCUGACCUGGGGAGGGCCCAUGCGGAGCUCGAGGUGCUGGUGGCUGCCACCAACGUGCUGCAGGGGCUGCAGGCUGGAGCACUCAAGGACGUGCUGACUCUUCUCACCACGCUCUUCGCAACGGUGACUGUGGACGAAGACCCUGUCUUCCUCAGGUACGGUUACGUGAGCACGGAGCAGGGCCAGGCGGUGCACGAUGAAGUGGCCCUUCUCUGCAAGGAGGUGCGCCCGCACACGCUGCCCCUGGUGCACGCAUUCGGGCUGCCCGCGCACCUGCUGGGCCCCAUUGCAUUCGACUGGGUGGACUUUGAGUCGUGGAAGAAUGUGGAGCAGGGCCGUGACAAGUGGUCUGGGCAGGUGGCGCACCUGUGAUGGGGAGGAGAGGGAGAGAAAGCCAGUGGAUGUGGAUGGAAGGAAUCCUGAGAACGCUGUCUGGUGUGAGUGUGUGUAAAGGAUCUGGCUACGGAUGUGGCGUGGCAUCUACUGUGGCGUUGCUGCUGGCCUUUUGUACAUGACGGCAUAGCCCCGAGGUGUCUGCUGGCCUACCUUUACUGUUGAGCUUGCUCUCUUGCCAUAUGUGUUCCUUCUCUUGUAGGCAGUGUGUACUGUGCUGCCAGUACUGUAUGCUGCUGCACUUGUCUGGGUCUAUAAUCGCUUGUGUGAUAGUGUGCUCGUCUAGUACAGUACAUAUUUGUGCUAAUAUCUGUCACGUUCACCAGCAUAACCUUAUGAAACGUUUAUGACCAGGAUGU